GUAUAUAAGCAGAAGAGUCAAAUGAUUUCUAGACAACCUCAACAAUCAGUAAACGCCUUUCAGCUUCCAAAUUCAGUGAGAUGACAAAAUAUGCUCCGAGUGAGGCUAUGAGCCAAAUAAUUAACAAGGGAAAGCCAUUUUUUGCUGUCAUUUUUUUACAGUUUGGGUUUGCAGGAAUGGACAUCCUUUCUAAAGCGGCUUUAAACGAAGGGAUGAGCAACUAUGUAUUUGUUGUUUAUCGCCAUGCGGUUGCCUUCAUUGUCAUGGCACCCUUUGCUAUCAUUUUUGAAAAGAAAGUACGGCCAAAGAUGACAUAUUCACUUUUUAUCAAGUUUGCGAUUCUUGCGUUACUGGAGCCAGUUAUUGAUCAGAACCUCUAUAUCAUGGGGAUGAAAGCCACAACAGCAACAUUUGCAACUGCAAUGUCCAAUGUUCUCCCUGCCAUAACUUUUGUCAUGGCCUGUUUUCUAAGGCUUGAGAAACUAAACCUAAAGAACAUUCGCAGCCAAGCUAAGGUAAUUGGCACAUUAACAACCGUUGCAGGAGCAAUGCUGAUGACAUUGAUGAAAGGCCCAGUUUUGGAGCUAUUUUGGACUAAAGGAAGAACUCAGCAUGAAAGCUCAAACAAUGGAGUAGAUCUUUAUCAUUCUAUCAAGGGCGCUUUUAUGGUCACAGCUGGAUGCUUCAGUUGGUCUGCUUUUAUGGUUAUGCAAGCAAUUACACUACAGUCCUAUCCUGCCGAGCUUUCUCUAACCGCUUGGAUAUGCUUGUUGGGAACAGUAGAGGGAGCAAUAGUAGCAUUGAUAAUGGAGAGGGGGAAUACAGCAGUCUGGGCUAUAAAUUGGGAUACAACACUGCUAGCAACAGUGUACACUGGGAUAGUAUGUUCUGGUCUAGCAUAUUACAUCCAGGGACUAAUAAUGAAAGACAGAGGUCCCGUUUUUGUGACUGCAUUUAGUCCAUUAGGCAUGAUCAUUGUUGCUGUAAUGGGAACGAUUGUUCUAGCUGAGCAAAUGUACCUUGGAAGGGUUAUUGGAGCCAUUGUCAUAGUUACAGGGCUUUAUCUUGUUGUCUGGGGCAAAAGCAAGGAUGACAACGUCCAAUCCGUUCCUAUUAUUGGUGAGCAAAUAGCACCAGACAAACAGAUUCUGGAUAAAGAGUUUGAAAGAAAUUCUUCUCAUAAGGUCAUCACCAUCAAAGCAUCAGUUGAAGUUCCUGAUGAUGACCACAAUCGGACAACGACUGGCUUAUGCUAACAACUGAUCUGCUGCUCCAAACAUGAUCAUAUGUCUAAUAAGUGCAUAUCAAGUUUGAUAUGCUUCCGAUGACAGAAGUGAAUGCUAAUCUAUAUUGAGUAUGCAGUGUGAUUCUUGAUAUGAAACAUCACACGUUGAUGAAUUGAGCUUCUAGUAACAAGUUCAUUAUUCUAAUUGCAUUUGUAACAGGUGACCAGUGACACACAAAUAUAGACUUGUGACGGUUUGCAUUC